UCACAGAGGAAAGUUUGCUUGGUAAUGCCCAGCAGAUAAGCUUGGCAAACCUCUGGCUGAUUGAGGAAGCCAGUUUGAGCCUCAGCCUAGUUCAGGCAAACUACUGGAACCUGCCUUUCUCGACCCCUCGACACAAUGGUAUUCGCAUUUUGGAAGGUCUUUCUGAUUCUCAACUGCCUUGCAGGUCAAGUUAGUGUGGUGCAAGUGACCAUCCCAGACAGUUUUGUGAAUGUGACUGUUGGAUCUAAUGUCACUCUCAUCUGUAUCUACACCACCACUGUGGCCUCCUGGGACAACCUUUCCAUCCAGUGGUCUGUCCUCCACAAACAGGAGGUGGAGCCAACUUCUGUUUACUAUUCUGAAGGUGGAGAAGCCUCAGCCAUCGGGCAAUUCAAAGGUCGAGUUGUAGGUUCCACUAAUCCAGGUAAUGCAUCUAUAACCAUAUCGUAUAUGCAACCAGCGGACAGUGGAAUUUACAUCUGUGACGUUAACAACCCCCCAGACUUCAUCGGGAAAAACCAAGGCAUCAUCAACGUCACUGUGUUAGUCAAACCUUCUAAACCUCUGUGUAGCCUCCAAGGAAGACCAGAAGCAGGCCAUACCAUCGCUCUUUCCUGCCUCUCAGCAAUUGGAACACCAUCUCCCGUGUACUACUGGUAUAAACUUGAGGGAAGAAACACUGUGCCUGUGAAAGAAAGCUUCAAUCCAGCCACUGGAAUUUUGGUUAUUGGAAACCUGACCAAUUUUGAAGAAGGGUAUUACCAGUGUACUGCUAUCAACAAACUUGGCAAUAGUUCCUGUGAAAUUGAUCUAACCUCCUCACACCCAGAAGCUGGGAUCAUCAUUGGGGCCUUGGUUGGUAUCCUGGUAGCUGCUGCCAUCAUCGUUGCUGUGGUGUACUUUGCAAGAACCAAAGCAAAGGAAAAGAAGAGGCACUCUAAAUCCACCACAGAGCUUGAACCAAUGACGAAGACAAGCCAAGCAAGAGAAAGCAAAGCGAUGUCAGCUGAAGAUGCCGUUGAGCUAGAAACAACACUGCCAUCCUCCACUCACGAGAAUGAGCCUGCUGGCAUCUUGGCCCCAGGCCACGAGCCUCCCCCACAACCAGAGUCGGCCACACAACCUGCCACAGCAUCGGCACCUAUCAGGGUGCCUGCAAUUGAGAUCGAGCUGCAGCCACAUCCAGUGCAAGAGCCUGAGGCGGAACCAGAGCCUGAGGUUGCAGUCGAGCCCCCAUGUGAUGAGGAAAAGGCUGUGGUUAAUGCGUAGGCUGCGCCUCUGAGUACGGCAUUCAUCACGAAGGAACCCAUUACUAGCGUUUGAAAUUCAGUUGGCCACCUCCUCCCUCUAUUCUGACCAACUCUCUCCUAACAUAGUGCCCGUUCUUACCAUGAAUUCCAAUAAAUGCAUUGUUAACUGCUAAGUAAAUGCAAGGGUUCCUGCAUUAUCACUACGGAAUACUGAAAGUUGUACUAAUAUGUAAGCAUAAUAAAUAACAAAGCAAGUGAU